AUGAAGUAUUCCUAUACAUUAAGUGCUUAUUUCAAUUGGCAUACAGAAGCUGAGUUCACUUGCUACUCCGAGACGCAAAGUGGCAGUCCAUCAGAAGGGGUUUUACAAAGUGGAGACGCCAUUUUAUCAAUAAAUGGAGAAAAUGCCCGUAGUUUAAGUCAUGAGGAAGCAACACAGAAAAUUCGUUCUGCAGGCACUGAUCUUCAGUUGACCGUAGCAAGACGACAAACAUGCGAUCUGAGUGAUAUUCGACCUAAAGGAUUAUUGAAAUUUACAGCUCCACAAAGUAGUCGACGUUAA